GCAUAAUUCAAUGCUGCCGAUUAUACUGAACAAUCGAAGAAAAAAAAGAGCAAGCAAACAAAUAAGCAGCAAGUCUUGCGUAUGAAGUUGCAGUACACAAUUGUCUUUAUACACACACACACAAUUCAUCACCAUCAACAACUAAGAAAGCUCAAAUGAUAUAAGCUGAUCAACGAGAAUUAGCCCUCAGGACAAUCAUUUUGAAGGAGGAAGUAUCAACAAACACAAUGAGCGCUGCUCGUCGUGCAUUUUCACUCUCUUUAAAGUCAAAACCUUUAGUGACAAAAGAAGAAGGCGAAAAUACCUCAGGCUCACCUAUCAAACCUCCAAAAUCACCUUUGCGCUCGGCCAAAGCAUCAACCAGUCAGCACCCUUUAGCAGACCAACAACAGAAAGAAUCAAGACAACCUUCUUCUUCUACAUCUUCUUCGCAUUUAUCUGCAAGUACUCCAGAUACCAGUGUCAAUGGUCAAAAUGGUACAAAAUCCUCAAAAGAUGCUAGCAUUGGCUCGCUAUCAUCCUCAGACAACAGUGGUCCUAGCGUCAUCACAGCACCAGAAUUGAUCGGCAGGAAGAGAACGCCAAGUGAUGCAUCCACUGGCAUGCAAGCAACAUCUUCUUGGUUUAAUUCUGCAGUGACAGAUGAAGAGGAUGAUGAUGAAAAUGACGAGCCAGUAAGUCCCGCAGAUACAGACUGGGAUAGAGACUCCAGCUCGCUAUUGGAACGAGCAAAAGAAGCUUUGGCUUCAAGUGAACAUUAUCAAACCAAGACCGAAUUAAAGAUGCCAGAAAGGCCUUUCUUACAAGAUAUCGUCGAACGUGGCCGAACAAAGGAAUUCUCCGGCGAAGAUGUGGGAAAUAAAUCAACGCCAACCUCACAAAGCCCUCACAAGAACAAGGAACCAAAAUCAACUCGAAGAGCAGAAACGCUUCCUAACCAGCCCGAUGGCCUAGGAGGAUCGAAAGAUGCUAAACUACAGCGUUCAACAUCAAAGUCUGCUGGUAUUCUCGGAAGGCUAAAGCGGAUAAGCAGACGUGAAAAGAGAGCAUCUACAAUGGAUGAAAAACUACGGGAAGGACCUUUCUCGGUACUAUCAACCCCAGCAGAGGUGAAAGAUGCGUCAGGAUCUGAUGAGAAAUUGACAUCCAGUCCGGGCGAAGAGGACGCUACUGUAGAUGCCAAAAUGAAACAUUCAAGACGUAAGUCAGAUUUGCCAAUCCAAGACGCAUCUAGAGAACGUACGAUCGAGUUUGGUGGUGUUCAGCGUGUUCAUUCAAUACACAGCGUUCAGCCGAGUCUUGUCGAUGAUGAAAGUAUCGCAGGUCGUGAUUCACCGCCUGGCAGUCCACUUGGAAGUGAUGAACAAUGGCAGGAGGCUGAUUUAGCCGAAAACGAUUUGCUUAGUAACAUUCCAACGAUUAAUGAAGAGAUGGGCAUCACUUCAUCUCAGGAUCAAAAAGCACCCGAGAAAGAUGAUUGGCAUCUCACAUCCAUUCCGGGUUCUUUUAUCGUACAGCAGGACAACAAGAAGACCGAACUACCGACUCAAGAUCUUCCAGCGCUGGAAGACCUGAAAAUACAAGAGCCUGUCGAGGAAGUGUCGGGAACGGCAAAAAAAGGCGAAGUAGAAGAUGUACCCGACAUUACCAUUGAUUCUCCCGCCGAGAAUGAUACUGCAGUGCACCAACAAGAAAAGUCAGAAUAUACCCAAGCACUCUCAAGGCAAACGUCUGAUUUUGGAUCGAGUUCUUCGAGUGAUUUCCUGAUCGCCACUCCAGCAUUCACACCUUCAGAAGGCGUAACGGAAGAAGACGAUGCAGCUACACCGAGAGCUGUUGCUGAACCAAAUCGCACAUCGUAUUUUGAUGCACCUUCUGUUAUUUCACCACCUUUGCAAAUCACGACAAACGCUGAGUUUGCACCGCUCACGCAUGAGGAUACAUGGCUAGAUAAGAUUGAUCUGGCACACGAAGAACGUCAUUAUUUGAUUAGGCAUAUGGUAAACCAACAAAUGAGAUGGGAAUUGGAUCGUUUGUAUCUAGUCAAAGGCAUGGAUUAUCUCGAGCGCCCUUCACCACCAAAUGUGAUGCCGAAAUCCGAUCUAGCAUACCUCAAACUAUCGCCUGGACAGAUUACCCCAGAUUUACCUAUCGUUCGAAUCCUUAUCAAACAUGUUUUGAGCACCUUUCCGCUUUUCAGUGCUGCUACACCGAUCGAAGGUGCUGCUGCGAUGCGAACGCGACUGACGAAUGCCAGCCAAUUUAUGGAUCGUGGAGUGUUGCCCUUACUUCGCUUCCUCCAUUCGAAUUCAAUCAGUAAAGCGGUAGACUUGAAUGGAGAAUGGCAAGAUGAAAUGUCCGAUGCACCUUCAACGUUGGAUCGUAUGGGUUCUGCAAUCUUUAAGCUAACAAGUCGUUUCAUCACCGCACUUGCAGAUGGAAAAGGACAUGGCUUCUUGUGGUCUAAAGUUCCCAGCCCAGCAGAGGCUUCAUUCUUUGCACAUCGAAAGCCAUUCAAUAUGUUGAAACAAGGCGGUAGUGAAGUGAAUGUGGUAAGCUCGCGAUUGCGAACUCAAGCAAGAGAAUGCGAUUUUAUUCUUUCCGUUCAUCGUUAUGGAUUCCCGGCCGGAUAUGUGAUAAGAUCAGAAAGCGACUUUUACAACUAUGCAAUCACGCUUGCGCAAGAAUUGGGACCUCAGGCUCGUGUUCGUCCAGUUCCUGCCCCUGAUGCAGAUCUCACCAUUCAACCGCUUAUGGAAGAUGAUGAAUCUUUGCUCGACGGACGAUCAGCAUCAAGCUCACCUACUAAAGACAUGCUUGGCACUCGUCGUGCUUCUAUUCGGAUCAAUAAGGUGUACAAAUCAAACGAUGGCUCUUCAAGUAGUACAUCGUCCUUGCAAAACCUUUCUUCGCCAAUCACGUCAUCGUUGGGAGGAGCGCCAAUGUCACGAGAUCAUGUAAGUCACGAUUCCGGUGUUCCACCUACUCGAUCACCUGUCUUAUCCAAAAAGUCCCCAAUCAUUCCACAGAAUAAGAGUACGAUCUCAUUGACAUCUCAACAUACCAAAGCGACCAGCAAAAGAAGAAGUAUUGACGCGCAAAAAUCACCUAUCAACCAUUCUGCUUUGACGGGUAGUCAACGUUCAGGAUCACGAAUCUUUUCGGCCAGUAGACCAGCUUUGAAGAAUAGUAGUACGACCGAUGUUUCGAUCUUGGCUUCUUUGACGCCAAUUACGACAGACGAAGAAUCCAGAAGGAAGCAAGUACGUGCAUGGUUACGCGAUACACUCAGCAUUCGUGGAGCCGGUCAUGCAAAACAAACGAAAAGCUUCUUGGAAAAUGAUGCAUUCUUGGAACGUGACUUGAAACCUGGUUCCCGCGCUGAUGUUCAAUCUAGACGUGAGGUAGAUGAAGCAGAGAUGGAAACGCGAAAGCAGAUGAUCGAAGAUUCAUCAAGGGAUGUGAUCGAAUUACGUCAAGAGAUGAACCAGUUAUGGCGUGAAUGCGUUGAAGGCAACGGGUUCGAACGUGCCUUGUCUGCCGUUCAGCAAAACACCACCUUUAGCGCUUUGCCUUUACCAUACCAACGAGUGAUCUCUUGGACCAACUUACAGAUAGCACAAUUCCUUCAUCAAACCUUCCUUGACAGUCAUGAAGCAAGACAAAACUUCGAUCGAUUCCAAGAGGCAAUCUCCUGCAUUCCAUGGAAAUUGCUCUCUUUGGCCUUGCGUGAACGUACCGGCUGGAUGAUGCAACAAGUUCAAAGCUGCUUCUUGGACGAAUUCGUUCAAAAGAAGAUCAUGGCGAUUAUGUUGCAAGAUGUACCGGAAAGGAAGCUGGAUAUUGAAAUCGAACACUUGCGGGAACGGUUGGGAACGACUGUUAUGAAGAAAUUGGAAGUGUUCUCAAAGAGCUCUACCUGGCAAAAGCAGAUCGUUCGACGUGCAGCACAACAAGCUGAUAUUCCCUUGGUGGCUGCCAUCAUGCGUGGAAGUGAUAAGCCUUUGUUAUCUGCAGAAGGAAUCAAGAAAGUGGUUUCCGCAACAAAACACUAUCAAGAGUUUAUCCGGUCACAGCCUACUUACGCGGAGAAGAAGGCCAAGCUAAAAGCUAACGUGGAUGUGCGAAGGAUUUACGAUAUGCAACAUGCCUUACGACUUUUAUGUCAAAAACGAGAUGGCAAGAAGAUCAGAGAAGGACUAAAAGCGGAAUUGAAACCGAUCGUGUUUGCUUUAUUGCAACCUUUGCUGGACCUUCUCAAACGACUUCAUAAGAGCAAGUUGCUUAUCCAUUCUUCCACUGAUAGAACGUCCGACUCGAGCGCUUCAUCGAUCAAGUCUUCAAAGGAUGAGAAGCGGGAUGUCGUUCUGGAUCUACAACAAUUCUGUCUGAAGUUGCUGGACGUUUUAGCAGGAUUGCGGAUGCGCGUUCAAGAUCCUUCGAGAAGCUUGAGCACGUUGACGUUGCUCUUGGAUGACGCAGUACCGGAUUGGUACAGAUUCUUACAUGCAUCUUCUUUGGGCGAUUCGUUGUUGUACGAUUUCACUCAAUGGCUUCAAUCGGUUGCAUCAUUGUUGCGAUUCAAGGAAACAGGCGAAUCAGGUGGCGCAACGGACGAUAUCUUGGCACGCUUUUGGGCAAAGCCAAGCGGUGAAGAUAAAUCGCCUUUGCAGGCAGAAGGAACUGAUCGGGCUGCAUUGGAAGCACUUGUCGAACAUGCAUGGCGAAAGAGAACACGCCAGAUGGAGAUGGGAUGUAGAUGGGCAACUGGAGAUGCUGAUGGAAAUUUGGAUAUUCAAUUGAUGGGAGAAGGUGGAAAAACUCGAAUGACGGCAUACGAAAUGAAAAAGCAAAAGCUUGGUCCGACGGUAAAAGUACAAUCUGCUUUGGAGAAACUUUUACCGGGCUUUAGGGCAGGAUUGGAUCGUGUAUUGACUGCCGAUCCGGGAACGGCAUGGUAAUCUGUGUACUUAUUUUGGUUGUAUGAUUUAUCUCUCUUUCUUUUCUUCAUGCUGUUGGACAAGCAGAUCAAUUUGGAAUUUGUAUUAUUUUUUGUUCAGGCAAGUACAUUAAGGCGAUCAGGGUAAAUACAAGACUUCUUCUGAAGUAACUCCUUUCCAACCUCUGUUAUGAUAAUCAACAAAGGAAGUGAGAGUAUCUUCGAUAGUUUGUUUGAAUGUAUGAUAUUGGACACCCAAUU